GGUAACUAGGAAUCUAGGAUAGUAAACUAGUAAACUGAGCUGGUGUUGUAGAAAAAGAUGGAAACUCUGAAAGCUGCGAUUCCCGAAGGCCUGAAGCGCAUGAUUGGUGAUAGCACCGUCGAUGAUCUUCGCGCCACCUCUUCCUCCCUCCACAGCUUCUUCCAUCACUUCGAGCCCUUCCACCAGUUACUCACUGAACUCGUGGAUCCCAAGCAUGCUCUCUGCGGCAAGAGCAAAGACGCUGCGCUCGAAUCCAAGCAGCUCGGAAACCAGUGCUUCUCCAAAGGAAAUUACGCCAACGCUCUAGAUUUCUAUACUCAGGCAUUGCGAAAGGCACCUUUUGAGGAUGGUGAUAUGGAAAAUAAUCUGGUUGCAACUUUGUAUAUCAAUCGAGCUACUGUAUUGCAUAAAAUGAGUCUUUUGACAGAGUGUUUGCGAGAUUGUACUCGUGCCCUUCAGAUGUGUCCAAGCAAUGCAAAGGCAUGGUACAGAAGAGGUAAGGCAAAUGCUUCCCUGGGAAAUUAUAAAGAUGCGAUGUGUGACCUAAAUAUGGCUAAAACUGUGGAAUCAUCAUUGAGUGGGAAGAGACAAAUAGAAAGUGAGGAGAAAAAUAUUUUCGACCAAUGCAAGAGCACAAGCACAGUAAGACAACGUAAGGAGAACACCUUGACUACAGUGGGUGAGGUUCCCCAAGUAAUGCUACAGUGUGUCAACAUACCUGAGAAAGGAAGAGGCAUGGUAUCAUCAAAUGCCAUUUCACCUGGUUCUUUGGCUCAUAGUGAAGAACCUUAUGCUGUGAUAAUAUUAAAGCAAUGCCGGGACAGUCAUUGCCACUAUUGCUUGAAUGACCUACCUGCUGAUAGGGUACCCUGUAGAUCAUGUUCAGUACCACUGUAUUGCUCCCAGCAAUGCCAGACACAGGCUGGUGGGCAAGUCUUAAGGAUUUUCCCAGAAGUUCACAGCAUUAUUGAGAAGUUACCCAGUGACCUUGGAGAGUAUGCUGACAAAGUUAUUCAAGGCCAUGAUUCCAAAUGUGAAACACAGAAUAUCACUGAACAUAAGCAUGAAUGUCGUGGUGUAAAUUGGUCUGCAGUACUACCAUCAGAGGUGGUUUUAACUGGCCGAAUACUGGCAAGGUUUUUACUAGAGAGGACAUCAGAAAAUAUUACAUACUUUGUGGAGAAGCUGGUAGGUAUUAAAUGCAAGCAGCCGUUUUUCAGAACAGCUGAUUCUCUUCUAUUCAAAUUUUAUGUAAUUUUUUGUCUGACAAUGCAGGUUGUUAUAAUUAUUUCUCAAAUGAAAGUGAAUUGUAUGACUGUUGUUCGUUUAAAAUCAAAAGAUGCUUGUGGGCUAUCCGAUCAGUUCGGAGAUUUUCCAUCCUGUCCAUACUUAACUAGUAAUGUGGAACAGGUCAGGGUGGGUAAAGCUAUUUAUAAAGCUGGAAGUUUAUUCAACCAUUCUUGCCAACCAAAUGUUCAUGCAUAUUUUAUUUCACGUAAUUUGUGUAUACGGACAACAAAAGCUAUACCUGCUGAGGGUCAUCUGGAGUUGUCUUAUGGUCCACAGGUUGGGUUCUGGGAUUGUAAAGAUCGCCUUAAUUUCCUAAAAGAGGAGUACAUGUUUCAGUGCCAGUGUACUGGUUGUUCUGAAGUCAAUCUAUCCGACAUUGUCCUCAAUGCAUUUUGUUGUGUCAAUUCUAAUUGUUUUGGUGCAGUCUUGGAUAGCAGAGUAGUUAGCUGUGAAAAGCAGAAAAUCAAGAAUUUCAUGAGACAUUUAAAGAUAGACAAGAAUGAUGACAUUCAUAAAGUGCUCAACCAAAAUGAUGCCUCCCAUCAUAUUCAACCUGGAUACUGUCUGAAGUGUGGUUCUUACCGUGAUUUGGUGCCUUCACGUGCUGCAGUUGAUAAAGCUUUAAUAUUCAUAAAAAGGUUACAGGAUGCAAUAUUAUCAAAAGAAAUUUUAAAUACCACGAUUGCAGAUGCUUUGAGAUCCUUGCAUUUGCUAAGAUCAAAUUUGCAUGCCUAUAACAGGCUUAUUGCAGAGGCAGAGGAUAACCUUGCACAGGCCUUUUGUUUGUUGGGAGACUUUCAAUUAUCUAUGGACCAUUGUAAAGCAUCCAUCAAGAUUCUAGAGAAGUUGUAUCAUCCUGAUGAUAUAGUUAUUGCAUAUGAACUUGUGAAGCUUUGUUCGAUCCAACUUUCCGUAGGAGAUGGUUCUGCAAUGGAUAGCAUAAACCGGAUUGGUGAUAUCUUCUCAUGUUAUUAUGGACUUCAUGCUGACUUGGUUUUCCCGUAUCUUCAAUACCUUAGGAGAUAAAUUUAGAAAUUUUCAGGGGGGUCUCUAAUUAAAUGCUUUUUGUCCCAGUGAGAUAUAAAUGUGAAGUAUAACAGCUCAAGUGACUGGAGAUUUGAUGUGAAAGAUAUAUAAUAGUCUAGCCUCAAGAAAGAUUGCCUGAAGCUCACUUGUGCAGUUUGGCAAAUCAACCUCUCGUGCAUUGAUAAAUAUGGUGUCCUUGAAUAUCCAGAUAUCCAGAGAGGCCAAUGUGGUUGCAAGACACGAUACGAUACUAGCCAGUGUUAAUGACCGACUUGGUUCCCUCUUUAAGCUAUUAGGUACAUGUGUCUACUAAACUGCAUUUACCUCUUACAUUUUGGUAAAGGGUAGACCGGCAUUGACAGUAACGGACAUGUUUACCCUUUUUUUAUGUUGGUCCGAACGGACAAGUUGACUUUAGGGAUUCUAAAGCUACAUUUUGUUUUUGCAAAAGCAAGUAAAAUAAAUGUAUGAAAUAAUCAGGCGGAGCCUAUUAA